AUGGGGUACUCAUUUCGAUCGUACCAUCAAGGUACCACUUGGGAUGGAGGUGGUGUAAUUUCUUGCAUAUGGCCCGUUUCUGGUGUGUUCUUGGGGUCUAUGGCCUGCGUGCAAGCUCGAGGCCUGUGUGUGGAGCAGUUUCGAAAGUCUGGGGGGCUCCAUGCCGUCGCAAGACGCAGCGCCGCCUAUCUCCACAGUUUGCUCUCCUCUGCCAGAGCCUGGAACCGUCUGGAAAAGCCUGUCUCCCGGAGCUUCUUUCGCUACUGUUUCCACCACGUCAAGACACGGCAAUGUGGGCCGAUUGCAGGACGGAUCAGGUUGGGCCAGUUUGUUUCCUUGGCCCCCCGGAUUUGUCUCAGGGCUACUUGGCUACAUCCACAUCUCCGCCACAUUCACAGCGGCACGACUGGCGGCCGUACAAACGCUUUUUCGUGUGCUACAAGAUUGCUGAUUAAUGUCUGA